AUGGGUAAAACUUUCAAUAGCACAAAGAAGGUUCUUGAGGGCUUGGAACUUCCUCAUGAGAGGAUCCACACAUGCCCUAAAGGUUGUUUUCUCUUCUGGAAAGGCGAUGCACAGUUAGAUAAAUGUAGAGUAUGCGGAAGUGAUCGGUAUAAGAAGACUGCAAAGGGUAAGCUAAUUCCAGCAAAAGUUCUAAUCUAUUUUCCAAUCACACCGAGGUUGCAAAGGUUAUAUGCUACCAAUAACAUUUCGGAGGAUAUGACUUGGCAUGCCAAGAAUCCCCGAGUUCAAAACAUCUUCGCACAUCCUAGUGAUAGUCAAGCGUGGAAGCACUUGGAUACAACCUUUCCUAAUUUCGCAUCAGAUCCACGAAAUGUCAGGCUUGGUUUGUGCACGGAUGGAUUUGCCCCCCAUGGUAAAUUUGGAUCCCAAUAUUCAUGUUGGCCAGUUAUUCUUACACCAUACAACUUGCCUCCAUCGAUGUGUAUGAAAAGACCAUUCAUGUUCCUUUCUUUGCUCGUUCCCGGUCCCAAAAAUCCUAAAGGAAACUUGGAUGUGUACAUGCAACCACUCAUUGAAGAGUUGAAACAGUUAUGGGAGGUUGGGGCUAUGACUUAUGACAUCUCAAGCAAGCAAAAUUUCAACCUCCGCGCAGCUCUUUUGUGGACUAUUAGUGAUUUUCCUGCAUAUGGCAUGCUAUCUGGAUGGUCCACUGCCGGAAAGAAGGCUUGCCCUUAUUGUAUGGAUAAAAGCAAGGCAUUUUGGCUUGAACAUGGAGGUAAAGUUUCAUGGUUUGAUUGCCAUCGACAAUUCCUUCCACAUGAUCACCCUUUUCGAAAGAAUAAAACAGCUUUCUGCAAAAACAAAGUUGAAAAUGGCAUGGGUCCGCAUAUAAUGUGUGGAGAAGAAUUGUGGAAAUGUGUGAAGGACUUGCCUAAAGCAACUGAUGGUCCUGAAGCUCUUAAGAAGUUGAAGAGUGCCAAAAAGGGUUGGUUCAAACAAAGUAUUCUAUGGGAACUCCCAUAUUGGAAGGAUUUGCUUCUUCGUCACAACUUGGAUGUCAUGCACAUUGAAAAGAACUUUUUUGACCAACUCAUAAACACUGUGAUGGAUGUGAAAGGCAGCACCUCGGACACCACUAGUGCAAGGAAAGAUAUGGCUAAGUAUUGUAAACAUCGGCAGUUAGAGCUUGGAAAUGGAAAUCAAACCAUGCCCAAAGCACCCUUUGCACUUGACAAGGCUCAAAAGAAGGUGUUAUGUGAAUGGGUUCGAGACUUGAAAUUCCCGGAUGCUUAUGCUUCAAACUUGAGCAGGUGUGUUAAUCUUCAAUCAUGCAAGUUGUAUGGAAUGAAGAGCCACGAUUGUCAUGUCUUCAUGGAGAGGUUACUUCCGGUUGCUUUGAAGGAGUUGCUUCCCUUGCAUGUUUGGAAGGCAAUUACAGAGAUUAGUCAAUUCUUCCGAGACUUAUGCGCCCCCACUAUCAAAGCGAGUGACAUAGAUCGCUUGGAUAAGAAAAUAGCUGAGAUCUUGUGCAAGCUAGAGAAGAUUUUUCCACCUGCAUUUUUCAACUCAAUGGAACACUUGCCAGUUCAUCUUCCACAUGAGGCAAAGGUUGGUGGUCCCGUCCAGUACAGGUGGAUGUACCCAUUUGAAAGGUUUCUUAACCAUUUGAAGCGUAAGGUUGGAAAUAAGGCACGUGUAGAAGGCUCCAUAUGCAAUGCUUACCUAAUGGAGGAGAUUUCGAACUUUUGUUCCCACUAUUUUCAACCUGAGGUUGACACCAAAGCAAGGGAUCUAGGAAGAAACGUCCAUUCGGUUGUGCUGAACCAACAUGACGUUAAUAUCCCCGAGAUGUUCAGGGUUGAUUGUGGUCGUGCACCUACUAAGGGCCGUUUGCGCUUCUUGCAAGACAUGGAGUAUGAUCGAGCACAUCUUUAUGUGCUUGCAAACAGUGGUAUCUUAGGUGAAUAUGAAAGGAAAUUUGAGGAGCACAUUCUCCAAACUCAACCUCACAUUGUAAUGGAGGAUAUUUGGAGUAAAUGCGAAGCCCAGUUCCCUGGAUGGUUUAAGUCACAUGUUCUCCGGUCUUUGAGUCCUAAUGAUGUGACACGGGCGCUUGCGAUGGGCCCCUCUAGACAAGUAAGGACAUGGAGUCGGUUCUAUGUGAAUGGAUAUAAUUUUCAAACUCAUGACUACGGCAAACUCAAGUCAACUAUGAAUUAUGGAGUGUGUGUACAAAGUCCUGAUGAAGUUGACUACUUUGGCAUUUUGGAGGAGGUGAUUGAAGUUUCUUCUUGUGGUAAGCUUCAAGAGUACAAGACAAUCUUGUUUAAGUGCAGCUGGAUGGAUUCCGUGAAGGGUAUGAACAUUCAUGAACAAUACAAACUUGUUGAGAUCAAUCAUUCUAAGAGAUACCCAAAGUAUGACCCGUUUGUAUUGUCUUACCAAGUUAGUCAAGUAUACUUUGCACAUUACCCCAGUUUGAAGAAGGAUAAAGCCCAAUGGUGGGCUGUGUUUAAAACUAAGGCAAGGUCUGUGAUUGAUGCUCCGGUUGACUUAGACUUUCUGCAAGAAGAUGCAAAUGAGGUUUCUUCAGCUCUUUGUGCUCCAGAUGAGAUCCCAGAUUAUGAAGAUCAAGAAAAUGAUGAUGAUAAUGACGAUAUUAAUGAUGGUGAUGCUGAUAAUGUCCAAUCGAGGAAUUAUGUAGUCGUUUGGUAA